GAAGUCACUCUCACUCAUAGUGAAUGUACGAUCUGUUUCAGUAGUGCUCUUAAGAUCUACGCGCAAUCGGUAGUUAUUCAUAAAGGAGUAAUAUAUAUAUUACUUUUAACACUAAUAUAAAGGACUUUUAUCUUAGUGAAAAUGCGCAUCUUUGCAUUUAUACCACUCCUGUUAUGCGGAGGCGUAUUUAUUGCUGAGACAACAGCUAGAAGAGUGCGAUUAGAACAAUCCGAUGAAGAUGAUCAAGAAACGGUUAGUUAUUAUGCUGCAGAACCUCAAGAAGAUCAAAGACAGGUUGUUUUAGUAUCUUCAGCAGACAGAUAUAAUGGUCUAUAUGGACAACAAGCAGCUUCUCCAAGAAGUAUCGAGAGUAAUUACAUACCACGAGGCUCUGCCAGAGCCAAUGAAGGUAGAACUAAGGAGUCCAAGGCACCGCCAGUACAAACUAUUAGAAAUUACAACAAAGUCAACGAUGACGGUUCUUUUACUUUUGGAUAUGAAGCCGCUGAUGGGAGUUUUAAAGAAGAAACAAGAGGUACUGACUGUGUGGUGAGAGGUAAAUACGGUUACGUCGAUCCUGAUGGAAACAAAAGAGAGUUCACUUACGUUUCCGGUAACCCUUGCGACCCAAACGCUCCAAAGGAAGAGGACGAAAACGACAAGGAAACUGAAGUUGAGAACGAAAAUGUUCCACAAAAUUAUCCUACUAGACCUAUUCAACAAAUUCGAAGACCUUCGAUUAAUCAAACACCUAAGCCACCAGUAACUUUGUUCCAAAAUGACUACUCACAUGACGAAGAAGAAGAGCCAGAGCCAGAACAGUUAUUAAGAGUUACUCCACAACCACAGCAUGUUCGUCGUCCAACUUAUAUUUCCCGUCCCCAGUAUGUAUCUCAACCUACAGAAGAUUCAGAGCUCGAUAGACCAAGCUAUCGCCAACAAGUUAUCUCUAGCACCACGCCUUCUUCGGUAAUUUAUAGAACCUCUUCUCAUCCAGUGACAAUAACCCCAAGGCCAAUAAAUACCACUCCUACUCAAAGACCACAACUUCCAGCUACUACCUAUAGGCCACAACUAGUACAAGUGAAUGUAACUCCAAGACCAAAUCCAUUGUUAUACACGAAACAGAUACAGUCAACUUUACAACCAGCAAUUUCACCAGAAAAAAAUGACUUCGAAGCCGAGUUCCAGAGAUUCCAACAAGAGAAUAACAUCGUUUCCCCGACUCCUACACCAUUCACUGUUAGAACCACAACAGCUAAACCUCAAUCUUCAGCCAACCCAGGUCAGAUUUACACAAGCGCUUUAGUAUUCGAUCCUUCCAGUGGACAGUACAACAACCAAAUAUAUCAAUCUCUACCUCAAUCCGACGGCGAUUUCCUGUUGAAACAAAGAAUACAACCUUACGUACAGAGACCUCGUCCACAGGUUUUAAAUAUUCAGCAACUACAACAACAAAGUCCUUUGUAUUCCCAAACAGUCAGAACUCAACCCGUACCUCAGGCUGCCUAUCAAGCACAACAGUCGGAGAUACAGUUUCAAAAUUCAGCUCAACUAUUUGCUCAGCAACAACAAGCUAGACGGCAACAAGAACAGCAGCAACAACAACAACAACAGCAUUCGCAGAGACAGCAAGUCAGGCCACAUUCUCAACAACUUUACUACCUUCAACCCUCUGAAGGAGGAUUAGCGUCAAGUCAGCUAGACGCGUUCCUUAGGGGUCACAAUAUUCAGUUUUAGAUUUUACUAAAUGAAGCUGUGACAAAAUAGGGCCAUCGAGAAGAAGAGAAAUAUCAAUUGAGAAAAUACAAGUUUAGUUUGAUAUGAUCUAGUUGUUAGUGGGAAAAAUUAUGUCAUAAAUACCGUUUCUAGUCGCAGUUGACAAGGUCAAAGUUGUAAAACAUGUUUAUUACUAUGCUUCUCGAAAGCUCUAAAUUGUUCCAUGGAGUUAUCCUCGGAUACUAAUUUGCUGCAUUGAAAAAUGUGUAUUUUUCAUAUUUUCCAAAAUAUUUAUAUUAGAAUUGGUACAUUAUAUCUUUUUAUGCCUUUCCAUUUUUUUAUUCAAGGGGUUUAAUGUAUUUAGAUAUAGAUAUAACGUAUUGGUAGAUGAUCAAGUUAAUCGAAAAUCAUUAUAGACACAUUUAACUAUAUGUAAAAAGAUCGUAAUUUUUAUUUAUAUCAUUUACAUAAUAAAAGAUGAUAGCGAUUUUGGAAAAUAUUUUUGACUAACUCGAUCAAAUACUUCAAAUACAUGAUAGUUUUAGGCUCAAUUAUUAAUUUAUGGUGUAUUGAUAAGAAAUUUGGUUCUUUACUUGAUUGAAGUCGAAACAUUGUAAUAAAUUAUCUAAAAAUUGCGUUAAUAAUGUCACAAAAUCUCGAUAAAUCAAACUUAUUUUUUAAUUUCGAACUUUAAAGUUGUAAAUUCCGUUCAUGUUUCUAAUGUGUACGAUGAUGUAUAUAUGGUAAUGUAUGGAAUAAUAUUUGUUAAAAUAAAAGUAUUUAUGUUUA